AUGACACAACAACAAUUAUUCUUGAAAUCAAUAGAAUGUGAUCCAACCAAUUCCUAUUCAUACUAUAACCUUGCAAUAACACUUUCAAGCGGUGAAUCAAUCACACUUCAUAACGGUCAAUCAAUGACAAAACAACAACUAUACUUGAAAUCAAUAGAAUGUGAUCCAAACAAUUCCUAUUCAUACAAUAACAUUGCAGUGAAACUUUCACCUGGUGAAUCAAUCACACUUCCUAAUGGUGAACAAAGAAUGACAGAACAAAAUUUUUUCUUAAAAUCAAUAGAAUGUGAUCCAAACCUUUCACAUUCAUAUUUUAACCUUGCAAAGAGACUUUUAAGUGAAUCAAUCGCACUUCAUAACGGUCAAUCAAUGACACAGCAACAACUAUACAUGAAAGCAAUAGAAUGUGAUCCAAACUAUUACAGAUCAUAUUAUUGCUUCGCAUUGACACUUUCAAGUGGUGAAUCAAUCACAUUUCCUAAUGGUCAAUCAAUGACACAACAACAACUAUACUUGAAAUCAAUAGAAUGUCGUCCAAACAAAACCCGAUCAUAUUAUAGUCUGGCAAAUACAAUUUCAGUUGGCGAAUCAAUCACACUUAAUGAUGGUAAAUCAAUGACACAACAACAACUAUACUUGAAAUCAAUAGAAUGUUAUCCAACCGAUUCCCCAUCAUAUAAUGACCUCGCGUAUACACUUUCAAGAGGUGAAUCAAUCACUCUUCCUAAUGGACAAUCAAUGACACAACAACAACUAUACUUGAAAUCAAUAGAAUGUGGUCCAAAGAAUUAUAAACCCUAUUAUAACCUUGGAAUGACACUAUUUCAAUAUGAAGCUAUCACUCUCAAUAAUGGUUUGAGAAUGAUUAAACAACAACUAUUAUUGGAAUCAUUAAGAUUAGGUCAUCCACAAACAUUGGUUUACCGAGAAAUUGGAUUAACACUUUCGAACAACAAACAAGAAAUUACACUACCAGAUGGUGAGCAAAUGACAAGGAGACAGCUACUUAAAAAAUCAAGAGAUUAA